UCGGCAUUUACCAACACUAACACCUGCAAGCAACUUGUCGUUUUCAAAGUGAAAAACAUUAAAUAAAACGCAUUUAAAUGGCCAAAACAAACAGCACUCGCUUCGGGUCGGCAUAAAGCGCUUAAAUAAAUAACAAAUUGAUUAGUUUAUAAGUGGUAAAUGCUUGAAAAAGAAAGAAGAGAGGCUUGCCAAGUCUCCUCUGUGUGAGUGUAUGCGAGUGUGGGUGAGUGUGCGUGUUAGUGUUGGUGGGCAGAACAAUAACAAGCCCAAAAAUGCCAAUGGACAUGGAAUGUAAUGGAGCAGGACCAACCAUAUUCACAAUAGCGCCUCACCAGAGGCGAUGAAUCACAGCAGCCACAAACGUGCCUUAAUUAACUAACGAAAAGCAAUAAACUUAAUCCAAAGAUGCCGCUGCUGAGUAAAUGCUUCCCCUGCUUUAAAUUCAAGCGCGAGGAGGUGAUCGACAAGCUCGACUAUAGUAAUACUCCAUUGACCGAUUUCCCGGAAGUUUGGCAACAUGAGCGGACCUUAGAGGAGCUCUACUUGAGCACCACAAGAUUGCAAGCUCUGCCACCGCAAUUGUUUUAUUGCCAGGGAUUAAGGGUGCUACACGUGAACAGUAACAAUCUGGAGAGCAUACCUCAGGCCAUCGGCAGUCUGCGCCAGUUGCAGCACCUGGAUCUCAACAGAAAUCUUAUUGUCAAUGUGCCAGAGGAGAUCAAGUCGUGCAAGCACCUAACCCACCUGGAUCUGAGCUGCAACAGCCUUCAACGUCUUCCCGAUGCCAUAACCUCUUUGAUUUCACUACAGGAACUGCUGCUAAACGAGACUUACCUUGAGUUUCUGCCUGCGAACUUUGGUCGAUUGGUAAAUCUGAGAAUUCUGGAGCUGCGACUCAACAAUCUCAUAACGCUGCCCAAAUCCAUGGUGCGUUUGGUAAACCUACAGCGAUUGGAUAUUGGUGGCAAUGAGUUUACAGAGCUGCCCGAAGUUGUUGGCGAGCUAAAGUCACUGCGCGAACUUUGGAUCGAUUUCAAUCAGAUACGUCGUGUUUCGACCAACAUUGGCAAGCUGCGCGAGCUUCAGCACUUUGAGGCCAAUGGCAAUCUUCUGGACACACUGCCCAGUGAGCUGAGUAACUGGCGGAACGUGGAGGUGCUGUCCAUAUGUUCUAACAGUCUGGAGGCCUUUCCCUUCAGCGUGGGCAUGCUUAAGUCCCUGGUGACAUUUAAGUGUGAGUCGAACGGAUUGACGGAGCUGCCCGACAGCAUAAGCUAUUUGGAGCAAUUGGAGGAACUGGUCCUGAGCCACAACAAACUGAUUCGCCUACCCAGUACGAUUGGAAUGUUAAGAAGCCUCCGCUUCCUUUUCGCCGAUGAUAAUCAAUUGCGGCAGCUGCCGGAUGAGCUAUGCAGUUGCCAGCAGCUAAGUGUCCUCAGUGUGGCCAAUAAUCAGUUGUCAGCCCUGCCACAGAACAUUGGAAACCUGGGCAAGAUGAGAGUGCUCAAUGUGGUCAAUAACUACAUUAAUGCGUUGCCCGUUUCGAUGUUGAACCUAGUGAAUCUCACAUCGAUGUGGCUGAGCGAUAAUCAAUCGCAGCCAUUGGUGCCUCUGCAGUAUCUGGAUGCAAGUACAAAGACUCAGCUAACCUGUUUCAUGCUGCCGCAGGUGACGUUCAAGAUGAACAGUAUACAGGCGCAACAGCAGGCCCAGGAACAGUACGAGUUCGUCUACGCUAACCAGCAGCAGCCCCACGUGAGUCCUUCCCGAAGGAUCUGCUUCGCCGAGGAGGCCACCAUUCUGAGCAAUGCCAAACCGCAGCCAGCGCCCAGCUAUCCCACUUAUGUGGCCGCUCCGCCAACUCCGACCCCCGAUCAAAUGUCCGGAUCCGUGCGGCUGAUGCGUUCACCCACACCGUAUCCGAAGGAGCUGCGCCAGAUGGCCAAGUACGUGCGGCAGGCUCAGGCGGCAACCACAUCGGCCAAUGCAAGCGAGGUGAGGGAGGCACGCGUGGUGGCCAACGGCCAAGUUCACUGUGAUAGCAGCAAUGCCAACCAGGAUGUUGUGGACCAGGCCACAGCAAGUGCAAUAUACGGCAUAACGCCGGAAACGACACACAUCUACGGAGUCUAUCAGCAACCACAGCAGAUGGCGCAUCCAGUGCCGACGCAGGAAUACUACGGUUUGCCACUGGUCAACUAUGAGGCACACUACCAACAGCUCUACGUGGAGGCCAACACGCCGCUUCCCACCACGCAUUUAAACGGGGAGCAGGACUACGAAUUGCAGCCCCUGCAACAACAACCCAUGCAGCAACAAGCAGUGCCACCCCGAUUGGAACCGCCACCGUAUCACAUAGCUCGAGUCUACACAAAGAAAACGCCCGAGGAUCUCAACCUCUACGAGUCCAUGCGGCAGCGGAAACAGCAGUUGCAGGACCAAACCAUCUACCAGGAUGCCUUGAAUAGCAACUUCAAGACCACGGCAAUCGGUGCCCAGGAAAACGAAGAGUCGGUCGAUCAGUUGGAUUACCAGAACAAUAUUAGCAACAAUUUAGAGCCAAAUCCGGAGGAGGAUGACCAAGAGCUGGACGACAGCAUGUCGCAGCACUCGCUUAAUUCCACGGCCACAAACAAUACUUCCAAAGCGAGCCACAAGAAAUCCACCUGGAUAUUUGGUGUCCACAAAAAUCCAACAGUCAAACAGGUCACCCUCAAGUGGGAGCACAGCAUCGGCUUCGACAUAGCCGAGCUGCUUAAUCAGGUUGGCAUCUUUGUAAGCUCUGUGACGCCUAAUACGAAUGCCGCUCGCCUGCUGAGCCUCAACGAUAAGCUGCUGGAAAUAGACGGCUACGACCUGACCAAUGCCAACCUGAGCGAUGCCAAACGAGUGCUGCUUAACAGCGGCACGGUCAUGAACAUUAUGUUGUCGAGAAAAUGAUGAUCAAUUUGUUUACCGACCUAAGCCGAUUCCCAUCCCGAGACCGAAGACUUUUUGUGCAUUUUUCUAACGCAUUUUUCCAAUAAGCAGCAUCGCCGAUAUCGGAUGAAAACCACUUGGACCUAUCAUAAUGUUAGUUCAUAAUAACUCCCUUCCGCACUGGCGGUCAAUCGAUCAGUCAUAGAGCACUAUUGCCAGCUAGAGGAAUCCAUGCUUUUCGUAUAUUAGAUAGAUAGAUGAAUCCAAACUGCCAUUUUCUCAACACCUAGAUGAAGUAUCCCCAUACUCAAUAGAAGAAUAAUACCACAUUAUGGCCAAAAUUAGUAGUUAUAGCCCUGAACAAGUAUUCUCAAAAUUUGAAUUGAAAAUGAAAUGCAUUUAUGAUUUUACUUUAAAACGGUCGUUUUAUAAUCCAAUUGAAGCGACUAUUAAGUUCUAUUUAUCAAAGUUUGAUUUAAUAAAUCAGUAUUUAAUCGGUAUCUUAUGUAAAUAGUUAAGUUAAACAGUAGAAGAAGCAAUAUUACGUUGUGUCAAUUAUGAGUUCUAGACAUACACAAUUAACCUGUACUCCAUAAUCACGAUGCGUAGAUUACAUUUAUAUGGCAUUUGUAUCUCAAGAGGAGCGACAAUUAUUCUGACCGCCAGUGGAAUGUAACAGCAUAAUACACAUAAAUAGUGCAAUUAGCGUCGAUUAUUGGUAUAUACACGCACUCAUAUAUAUACUCGCGAUAAUCAGACAAAUUACCUUCAACUAGCGCCUAUUUUACGCCCAGCGUUGUUCAAAUUUGUUCCCAAAAUUAUAUGUAUAGAUCAAUUACUUGAUUACAAAAUAUAUUUGCUGUUUAUGUUAGUUGUUAUGGUGCAGCAAUAUAAAUUCUAUAUAUAUUUACAUAUACGUAUACUCCAUAUUUAUUGUCCAAUCGAUCGAAGUGUCAAACAUUAUUUUUAAUGGCAAACUGUUAGCACAAACUGAAUUCCCACACUAUUGGCGUUGUGAUCAGUAUUAUUAUUUAUCUGGUUAAACGAAUGAAAUCUAUUCGAAAGUAAAGCACUUCUUUAUUCAUAGCGAUUAUAUAUAGUCAUACAUAUGUGCUUAAUUGAAGAACACACGCCCACACACACAUACACACACUUUCAUACGAAUCUAGCUAACUUAAGCAAGCGCACACAUUUUGCCAAUUCAAUUUGAUUUAAGAGCGUUACCACAAAUCACUGAAAUACAACUUUCACUUUGUCA